AUGUUACAGGGGACCACCAAACUUCCAUGGAAAUUUUCACACCAUCCAGCUGCUGCUGGUACGUUUUUCACAGUCAUGCUACUUGGACUUAAAUUCUGCACAUGCCAGUAUGAAGGGAGCCUACAAAAUGUUAGAUUGGGAAUUCAACUGCUGGAAGAUGGGAUUUAUCGGGCUGCAUUAGGGUGGUUUGCUUACGAACCUGAAUGGUUUGAACAUGAUCAUGGAAAUUUUGCACACAUCGAGGCUCAAUCUGUUAAUUCAUUUGUUCACUAUCUCCAAAACGAUCCAAAAGCAUUGGGUGGGGAAUAUGGGGGAUCUUUUCUUGACAUGGAUCACUGUCACCCUGUUUGGGGACCAAUGGAGAACUAUGCAGCUUGUAGAGAUAAGAGGAAGCAGCUACUUUUAAUGUUAUGCCAGCAUGAAGCUGACAGGCUUCAAGUUUGGGCGCAACCUGUUAACUACAAGUUGAAGAUCAGAAAUCGAAGGUUGCAAGUCAGAUUUGGGAUCGAAAGUCUGAGGUUUAGGGUACGAUCGGAAGCAUCAAGAUGCAGAAAAAAAAAAAGCGGAGGAGGCAUCAGUAGACUUCAAAACCCAUUUGUUGGGGCAGCUUUCCAAUCUUCCUUAAAGCCAAGAAACGUGAACUGUUUGGGUUAUCUUGGAAACAAAUUUCCCAGAAAACCUCGGUAUGAUAUCAUUCCACGUGCCAAGAAAAACGACUGGAUAUCUCACGGGAUUAGGUUCUCACAAUCAUUCGGGGAAAAUGUUGAGAUUUUAUGGAAGAAUAUGGGAUUAAGAAGUGGGUAUCAACCAGGUCAGGUUAGAGCCUUUGGAAUGAUAGCUGGUGGAUCUGGCAUCACUCCGAUGUUUCAGGUUGUUAGAGCUGUUCUUGAAAACCCUUCAGACAAGACAAAGGUGCAUCUCGUCUAUGCUAAUGUCAUGGGUAAAGUUGGACCUGGCGGCCAUCCAUCUGCGAUUGAAACUGGGACGAAGUUUUACAUAUCAAACCUUGAUUACAGUAUCUCGAAUGACGAUAUUAAGGUAUUUGAAAUUGAUAACAUGAAAGCAUGGAAAUCUGUUUUGAUAUUUGCCACUUCAUAUGCAUUGGGGCUUUUCAUGAUUGCUAAAUCCCCAUGGUAUUUUUUUCCAUUAGCUUGGGCAUGGACAGAAACUGCAGUUACAGGGGUAAAAUUGUAA